AUGUCAAGAGCAUUAUCAUCUACAAGAGUAUUGGUCAAUGAUCAAAUUAUACCAGCUACAAUCAUAUUUUCCAUAGAAACGGGGAAAAUUCUACAUAUAGAACACGAAGUCCUACCACCCAAUGAUGCUAUACUAAAGAGGUAUGCAGUUUUGCCAAUCGACUACCGAAACGUGUCUCCAGCAGUGAUCAUGCCAGGUUUAGUGGAUGCUCACGUUCACUUGAAUGAACCGGGUCGUACGGAAUGGGAAGGUUUUGCAACGGGAACCAGAGCCGCCGCAUUUGGUGGUGUGACCACUGUGAUAGAUAUGCCAUUGAAUGCAAUCCCCCCAACUACAACUGUAUACAACUUCAAUUUAAAGAUAAAUGCAGCCAGAGAGCAGUGCUGGGUAGAUGUUGGGUUCUGGGGUGGAUUGAUUCCCGACAACUUGCAGGACUUGGUUCCAUUGAUUAGAAUGGGUGUGAGAGGCUUCAAAUCAUUUAUGAUUGAAAGUGGUGUUGAUGAGUUCCCAGCAGUUACACCACGUAUCAUUCACGAGGCAAUGAAGAUUGUGAAAGGUGAAAAGACAUUGUUGAUGUUUCAUGCUGAAAUGCAACCACAAGAGCAUAGGGUGGAUUUCCAGUUCCUGGAUGAAGAGGACCUGUCAAGAGAGGAGGAGUUAGAAGAGGCUAACGCAGUUGCUAUUGAAGAUGAGUUGAUGAAUACAGAUUUCGAUUUGGGAAUGUCUGCCUCAUUUAUCAACAGAGCACCACAACCUGUCGUGAAGCUUUUACGUAAUGAUCCAGGUACACAUAAAGAGGAGCAUGAGCUUUGCAAGUUGCCUCAUAACCAUGCAGGAUCAAUAGAUGAAUCAGUGUUGUCAAACGAACAGGCUAAAAAAUUGGCACAUACCCCAGUCUUGGCUGGUGCCGACCCAACACACGGUAAAAAUGCAAUGAAGGUUAAGCAACAGAGUCAUUUGGAUGAAGAUGGUACAUGGCUAGUGGAGGAUGAUACUAAGGUUAGCUCGCCAUUGUUGUUGGCUAAACAAAAGGAUUCUUCUUUAGCCACUGUUGAUCCUACUGCAUAUGCUUCUUUCUUGGCCUCAAGACCCGAUAAUUUCGAAACUACUGCUAUUGCCGAAAUCAUCAAUUGUUCAACAUUGGAACCAACAGUCCCAUUACACAUUGUGCAUUUAGCAACACAUGAAGCAGUGCCAUUGCUCAGGGCAGCAAAGUCUAAAGGAUUGCCAAUUACGGCAGAAACUUGUUUCCACUACUUGUCAUUGUGCGCUGAAAAGAUUAGCAGUUGCUCAACUCAUUUCAAAUGUUGUCCUCCUAUUAGGACCGAUGACAAUAGGAAAUUGUUAUGGAAAGCAUUGCGCAAUGAUAUUAUAACCACCGUUGUCAGUGACCAUUCACCAUGCACUCCUGACUUGAAAGGAUUGGAAAAGGGUGACUUCUUUGAGGCAUGGGGUGGUAUUUCCAGUGUUGGUUUUGGAUUGCCAAUAUUGUACACUGAAGGACAAAAGUUGAAUCCACCAAUUUCGUUAGUCGAGAUUAACAAGUGGUGUUCAUUAAACACGGCCAAACAGGUUGGUUUGGAGCACAAGAAGGGAGCCUUAAAAGUGGGUUACGAUGCAGAUUUCUGUAUUUUUGACACCGAAGCAACUUUUAUGGUAGAGAAUAAAGACGUCUACUUUAAAAACAAAUUGACUGCAUAUGAUGGUAUGGAAUUUCAAGGAAGAGUAUUGGAGACAUUAGUUAGAGGUAACUCGGUUUACGCAUUUGGUAAGGGUCACUCAAAUGUCCCCAUGGGUCAAUUGAUCUUGGAACCAAGAAAGUAG